GAUUGAAUCAUCUACUAUUUCUUUCGCUGCUUGUCUUCGUAGUAUGUCUGCACUUCGAAAGAAAUUUGGGGACGAUUACCAGGUAGUGACCACCUCAUCUAGCGGGUCUGGAUUCAAUCAGCCUCCCCCGGAGAAAAAGAAGAAGAGGCAGAGGUUCGUGGACAAGAACGGGCGAUGUAACGUCCAGCAUGGGAACCUGGGUGGUGAGACCAGCAGAUACCUCUCAGACUUGUUCACCACGCUCGUAGAUUUGAAAUGGCGCUGGAAUCUAUUUAUUUUCAUCCUCACCUACACGGUGGCCUGGCUCUUCAUGGCCUCCAUGUGGUGGCUCAUCGCCUACAUCAGAGGAGACCUCAACAAAGCGCACAAUGACAAGUACACUCCGUGUGUGGCCAACGUCUACAACUUUCCCUCCGCGUUCCUCUUCUUCAUAGAGACCGAGGCCACCAUUGGAUAUGGCUACAGAUACAUUACGGACAAAUGCCCGGAGGGGAUCAUUCUCUUUCUCUUCCAGUCGAUCCUCGGCUCGAUCGUCGAUGCGUUUCUGAUCGGCUGCAUGUUUAUCAAGAUGUCUCAGCCCAAGAAGAGGGCCGAGACUCUGAUGUUCAGUGAACACGCCGCGAUUUCCAUGCGCGAUGGGAAACUAACUCUCAUGUUCAGGGUUGGAAACCUGCGUAACAGCCAUAUGGUCUCUGCACAGAUCCGCUGCAAAUUGCUGAAAUCUCGUCAGACGCCCGAAGGCGAGUUUCUUCCGCUGGAUCAGCUGGAGCUGGACGUGGGCUUCAGCACCGGGGCAGACCAGCUCUUUCUCGUCUCACCACUCACGAUCUGCCAUGUGAUUGACACCAAGAGCCCCUUCUACGACCUCUCCCAGAGGUCCAUGCAAACAGAGCAGUUUGAGAUUGUGGUGAUACUUGAAGGAAUAGUGGAGACCACAGGGAUGACCUGCCAAGCGAGGACGUCGUACACCGAGGACGAGGUUCUGUGGGGACACCGCUUCUUCCCGGUCAUCUCCUUGGAGGAAGGCUUCUUCAAGGUGGACUACUCUCAGUUUCACGCCACUUUCGAGGUGCCCACCCCGCCGUACAGCGUGAAGGAGCAGGAGGAGGCCCUGCUCCUGUCCUCGCCCCUCAUGGCGCCGUCCCUGUGUAACAGCGGGGAGAAGAACAGCUCCCUGGACUGCCUGGAGACCCUGGAGGACAAUGACAGCACCACCAAGCUGCCCACCAAGCUCCAGAAGAUCACGGGGCGGGACGGCCUGCCCAAGAAGCUGCUGAGGAUGAGCUCCACCACCUCAGAGAUGACUUACAGCUUCGGGGACCUGCCCAUGAAGCUGCAGCGGAUCAGCUCCGUACCCGGCGUCUCCGACGACAAGGGGGCCGGCAAGGCCUCCAAGAUCAGCACGGAGCCCAUGAGUAAGUCGGUGGCGGACUUGCCCCCGAAGCUGCAGCGACUGGCCGGGGGCGGAGGGGGCAGGAUGGACGGACACCUGCCGCCUAAACUUAGAAAGAUGAAUUCGGAUCGCUUUACAUAAAGCGGGCGACAUAUUUUAACUUAUGCCAUCCCACUUUGGUUCCCCUCCCCGAAACCCUUGUACUAUUCCUAAUUUAUUAUUGGACAAUAUUCUUAUAAUACAAGAAAUGUAGGAUUUGUGCACAAAUACCUUAUAUGACAUAGGGUGAUGGAGUUGAGCACAUUUAUCUCUGGAUGUAAGUGUACAUGCUGAAACGAUGAAAGACCUCUGAUUUUUAAUUUAGAUUUAUUUACCUUUUUUUUGUUCUCCUCCUCCUUUUUUUAAGGAUGAUGUACAAUUAGCACAAUCUGGCAUGUAAGAAACAGCGCAUGUAGAACAGAAUCUCAAUAAUUUCUGGCAUGACAUUUACUGAUAUCUUAUUUUACAAAAGAAUUUCAUUAGUGGAUUUACAGACAGUGGAAAAAUUGCACAAAGCCAUAUGAUUUACAUCAUGGGAAAAACCGACAUUUACAUGGUUCUAAUUUGUGGUGGCGAAAGGCACAUACGUUUGUUUUGAGUUGAUUGCUUUUGUUGUUUAAUGUAAAAUCGUGGCAAUGUUACGUUGAUUGCAUGCUCCUCUUAUUGACUUAGCUAUACAAAGGUAAUAGACAAAGAUGUUUAGCCUUAACUAUAUUACCUUGUUUCCAUUUUCAUGUUUGUUCACAACUGUAUUUUUGGUAUUUCAUAUAUAGACUAUUUUACCAUGUACCGAUUUUAUGACUUUGUUAGAUGAUCAAAUGCAGAAUAUGUUGCCCGAUGAUGCAUUUUAACAAAUAAAAAUGCAUUAUUGGCAUCAUAUGACCGAUCUGACUGGGCACAACGCUAUAGGUGAUUUCCACUUGCUUAUUAAAGUAACACUUAAGUUGAAAGACUCAAUACUCGUACUUGAUAAGCACAAAACAAUCAUAAUAUAAUACCCUGUGAUAUUAGAAAGCGUUUAUGGGCAUUUUGUCUUAAAUUAACUGCUCAGAGCAGUAGCUUAGUACUGUGCGACCACUUUGUUCCAGUAUACAACGCAAAGGCGAUUUAUCGUGGUCAUAAAAGACGCUCGAUUAUAAUUUUCAACUUAGGUGUUACUGGAUAGAAAUUGGUGGGCCUGUAAGAAAACCAUAACCUUUGUUUUAAGGGCCCAUAACAUCCCUCCUCUGUGAUGAAAGCAAUAAUAUUAUAAUGACUAUAAUCUUUAUAUAGCCACAGGGUCUACCACAGCCCCAUUCGUUCUGUUUACUGAAUCCAUGCCAUAAAAUCUGGUUUUCUCGAAAUGCAUCAAAGACAUUGUAUGAUACCCAAUCUCUUCAGGAAUAAAGAUCUGACGUACCUGU